UUCAUUUUCAAGAUGGCUGCCCACAGAUGUAAACAUGCGACAUGCAAGCCAGCGUCGUUUGAAGGGAACACAUCAGUGGCACGUUUGUAACUGAUAAAGUAUUCGAUUGAGUCUCUUCGCUUAUAAAUAACUACCAGCCUGUGGUUGGUAAAAAAAAAACUCCGCUAUCAUUUUGUGAGUCUUUUAGUGCCUGGAAGGCAAAUAUUCAUGUAAUAAGAGCUACCGUUAGCAAGCUAGCGACAGGCAGCCAUGCCUGCUCAGACCUUAUUCGUUGGUUCUCUUCCAGCUGAAGCCUCAAAUGAACGCUUAGCGGAGAUAUUCUCAGAAAUCGGGCCGGUAAAGCAAUGUUUCGUGGUCCGAGAGAAAGGAGCAGAAAAAUGUCGGGGAUUUGGCUAUGUCACAUUUUCAAUGGAGGAAGAUGCUCAGCGGGCGAUGAAAGACAUCAAAGAUUACGACGGACAGAGGCUCUCUAUUUCAGUGGCGAAGAAGAAAAUAAAAGACAAGAGGAAAACAGCGCCUCAAGAUCCAGCUCCAGCGCCAGCUGCGCCGCCUAAGGAAAGAGAGCAAAGAGAAAAAGGCUACAGAAAAAACUGUCUCAAAUCAAGACUGAUCAUAAGGAACCUUAGUUUCAAGUGCUCAGAAGAUGACCUGAAGCAAGUUUUUGCCAAGUUUGGAACUGUUCUCGAGUCCAAAAUCCCCCUCAAACCUGAUGGAAAGAUGCGAGGAUUUGCAUUUGUCCUUUUUAAAACUGUGUCUGAGGCCGCAAGAGCACUUGGUGCUAUGAACCUGAAGGAGAUAAAAGGCCGACAGGUCGCAGUUGACUGGGCUGUGCCUAAGGACAAGUUUAUUGCCACACAGCAGCCGACAACUGCACGAAAUAAAAAUACAGAGGAGACGACAACAGCAAAUCAGCCAGAUGCAGAGAGUGACUCUGAAGAUGAGGAGGAACAAAAGACCCAAGCAGCAGGGAGUAAAAAAGUCACUGCAAAGACAGCCGUGAAGCAGGAAGAGGAAUCAGAAGAUGGAGAUGAUAGUGAGAGCCAAGACAUGGAGGAGGAUGAGGAUGAUGAUGUGUCUCAGGAGGAGGAGGAGGAGGAGGAGGAAGAAGAAGAAGAAGAAGAGGAAGAAGAGGAAGAAGAUGAUGAUAUAAGUAGCCAUGUUUCAAGUGAUGAUGAAGAUGGCAGUGAGGAUGAAGAUGACGAUGACCAAGAUGAUGAAUCGGCUAAAAAGAAAAAGCCAAGGAAACCUCUUCCAUCAGAUGUGCAAGAGGGAAAAACAGUUUUCAUCAGGAACCUGUCCUUUGACACAGAGGAGGAGGGUCUUGAGGAAGUUCUUCUACGCUUUGGAGAGCUCAACUACAUAAAGAUAGUUGUCCACCCAGAUACAGAGCAUUCAAAAGGUUGCGCAUUCGCUCAAUUUAAGACAAAAGAGUCUGCAGACAAGUGCAUAGCAGCAGGAGAGGAUGAGGCGGAGAAUGGUGGCAUUCGUGUGGAUGGCAGAAAGCUAUUUAUUGUGGCAGCAGUGAGCAGAGAUGAUGCUGCCAAGAUGAAAGUGAACAAAGUUAAAGUGGAAACGGGCACCAGGAACCUAUACCUUGCUCGAGAAGGAUUGAUCCGUGCUGGCACCAAGUCUGCAGAGGGCGUGCCAGAAGCAGAUAUGAUCAAAAGAACCAGAUUUGAAGAAAUAAAGAGGACAAAGCUAAAGAACAUCAACGUGUUUGUGUCAAAGAAUCGUCUGUGUGUCCACAACCUGUCGAAGUCAGUGGACAAUAAAAAACUUAGAGCGCUCUGCCUCCAAGCAUUUAAGGUCACCAAGGGUAUUCGCAUCCCAGAGUGUCGAGUGAUGUAUGACAAGAAGCCAGAGAAGGGUCAGGCGAUGGGACAAUCGUUGGGUUAUGGCUUUGUUCAGUUCCAGGAGCAUGAGCAUGCUCUCACCACGCUUCGUUAUCUCAACAACAACCCUGAAAUCUUUGGCCCAAACAAGAGACCGAUUGUUGAGUUCUCCCUGGAGGACUCGAAGAAACUCCAAAUCAAAGAAUUGCGACAACAGAAGAACAAGAUGUUUAAACAACAACCUUUUAAAGGAGGAGCCAAACCUCAAUCCCAGACUGCUGGAGCUGGAAAAGGACCUAAAAAUGAUGGGAACAAAGCGCAUGCAUCAUCCCAGCAGACAGAAAGGCAGACAGUUAACCCUCAGCAGCAGAAGCAAGGCAGACAAUAUUUCGGCUUUCAGACCAACCCCGAGGUUGAGCAUGUUGAUCUGGAGUGCGGGAAAAAACGAAAGAAGGUCUUACCUUUUCCUUCCCACCGUGGACCCAAGAUUAGGAUGCGUGAUAAGGGAAAACAAAAGGCCCCACCUCCCAGUAAAGCAAAGCCUGGAUCCAACAGGAAAGACCGUCAAAGACGACAGAUGGAGAAGCCCACACAGUCCAGAAAUCAGACACAAGCAAAGAAGCAAUUCAAAAAUCGAGAUGGCGACCGCUUUGAAAGUCUGGUGCAGCAGUACAAGAAGAAGCUGAUGGGUAACAGUGACAAGAACACCAACAUCAAAAGAAAUAAGUGGUUUGAUGCGUGAUGUAUUGUGUGUAUUUCUUAGUGCAAAUGCGUAUGCUUGUGUGUAUGUAUGUCAGGGGGUAGCUUAAGGCUAAAGAAAUCCCUUUAACUGGCACCCUGAGGUUUUAGUAUAAGCACAGUUGAUCUCUUAAAUCUGUGUGCGAUUGAAAGGGAUAUGAUGCCCAACCGUAAAGAGUAAAGGAUUCUUUUCUACUUUCA